AAUAUUACCAGUCAAACUGAGACCCUCGGAGCCUCCCCUUGCAAAGCAGAAACCCUAACCUCCACUCCCUCCCACCGAUACCAGAGCAAGCUCAAGGUUUCUUCCUGGUAAUGAAGCUCGCUUUUUCUCUGGGUUUAUAGCUAUACAUUUGUACAAUGAAGAGGCCAAUGCCAUUGAGCGAUAACGAAGAGGAUUCAUCAUCUUCUGAUGAAUCUUCAUCAUCAAAUUCAGAUAGUAAUGUUGAUAAGACGAAAGGAAGGGACGUGUCAAAAUCUAACAAAGGCCAUCAAUCCAAGGAAAAGAAGUCUGAAGGCAAGUACGGGAGGCGUAAGAGUGGCGCUGUGGAUUUUGAUGUACUGAAGCAACAUGGCUAUAAAGGCGGAAUGUCGGUCCUGAGUGUGCCCCUGCCGAAAGAAGACACAAAACCAGACUGGGCUUGGUCUACUGGCAAAGAACGUCGUGAGAUCGAGGCGGUUGAAGAAUCUUACGAACAACGGCAAAAAACCAGAGCUGCCUUGUUAGAUGCCGAGCGAUUGACAAAUGUGCAAACUUCUAAAGAGAAGAAAAACCUUAGUUUCUCUCAGAAGGAGAAGAGAAAACGCGAUCUUGGUCAAGCUAGUCGAGGGAAGAAUUUUGUUGAAGAAGAGAAGAGGUUGUCAAGGGAAAGUGGUAUCUACUCUGGCUUUGACACGUAACUAGUAACGCUUUAUAUAGCUAUGCUGUUAUUGUGAAAACUCCAUUACUGUGUAAUUAGAAAUUCUUAUAAGUUCUUAUGUGUUGCUUCGAGUAGUAGAGAUUUUUCUUCUUCAAGGUGAGCUUUCGGUUAACUGAAAAAGGCAUUUGCAAACUAGUGAAAUUGUUGGAAAA